AUGUCCGAUGAAACGACAAAGGCCGAUGUUAAUCUUGUACGAUUGCCUAGUAUAGAUGAACAACAUGAUCGUCAAGUAAUUCUAAACACAAGUCCAUCGAUAAUAAGUUUUGAAACUGUUAAUUUACCAAAAAGUAUUCUUGAUAUUCUCGAUGAUGUAUAUUCAAAUCGAAGUCAUCAACGAUGUAUUCAUAUAAGUUAUUUUACAUUACUUUCAAUGACAUUAACAGUAAUUUUUUGGAUAUCUUAUUGGUUGACCUAUAAUCGUUGUCAAAAUUUAAAAGAUCCUCAACCAAAUUCAUUUCUCUGUGAUCUUGUUCUUAUAUUUGAAGUCUUAACAUUUACAUUAAUUAGUAUUACACCUGUAUUAUUUAUAUUUAUGAUUCAUUCAUGGAUAAUUUACUCUUGUUAUAAUCCAUUUGAUUCUAUUCGAGAUAAUUUUAUUGGAUUUAAAAUUGAAGGAGAACAAUGGAAACAACAAUUAGAUUAUUAUUAUCAACGAAAAAAAACAAGAUAUUUAAAUUGUUUCCGAUGUAAACAACGUAAAGAAUUAAAUGAUCGAGGUCAUGGUUAUAUUAUUUUAUCAACACAUGGAAUUGUUAUUGAUGAAUUAAUAAUGUUCAAUGAUCAAAAGAAUAUUAUUGAUAAAGGGAUACUUUUAGAUAAUGGAAAAAUAUUAAAAUUAACUUUUAAAAGAACUUGUAAACGACCUUGGAAAACUUAUAUUGAAAUUUAUCUUACCGAUGAUUUAAUUAAUAGACGUACGAUGGAAGAACUUAUGGAAUCAUUAAAAAUACAAAUUAAUAUUGACGCGAUUCUUCCACCAUGUUUUUAA